CUAAACCCUCUAGGAUAUCGCUCGACGUGUUAGUGAGAAAGAGAGAGGGAAAGAAAAAAUAAAGACCAGGAAGAGAGAAGGGGGGAAAAAAAACGGAAACAAGGAAACAAAACAGAGCCAUGGAGGACGCCCACAGGAAAAUCGAGCUGCAAUCCCGCGACGACCUCGCGUACCUUCUCACCAACGUCCGGCGCGCCGCGCAGGAACAGCUCGACAAUGCGUUUCCGCACAUCGAGGGCAGCAAUGCGCAAGAGGACGAGCUGCGGGCGCCUAUUGAGCGUCUAGUCAACGAGUACAUCGACAAAACAUUCACCUACGCAGCCCCAAACCUCUCCAUAAACGGCAUGGACACCGACCCCGCAACAUUCCUCUCAAACACAGGCCCCUCCGACGAACCAGAAGAAGCCUACGAACCCUGGGACGCCCGCCUCCGCCAGCGCGUCGAAGACCUCGCGCGCGAAGAAGAAGACCUCCUCAACGAGAUCGCCGCCCUCAAAAAAUCCGUCCCCGGCGCCAUCGCGACCGCGACGACAAACGAGUUCAAAGCCGCCGCCGCCGCGGACGAGGCCGCUUUCGAGGCUGCUAAAAAGUUGAAAGAGGACGAGGCGAGGGAGAUGGAGGCCGAGGUGCUCCCGCUUGAGGCGAUGGAGAGGAGGGGCGAGGUGAAAGAGGCUUUUGGCGGCGCGGUGGGCGGGUUGGGGAGGUUGAAGAAGACGAUGCCUGCUACUGUUGCCAAGAUGGAGAGGGCGAGGGUUGCGGGGGAGUAUACUGUGACAGAACGGUCAUGAGGGCAUUUUGCGGUGUGAGACUUUAACCUCAUGGGAGUUUUAAGGCGUUGGGAGCUUAUACCACAACAAAGGGCAUUCUGCGAGGCAGCUGAUUACCCAUGGGCAGUGUUUAGUACUUUGUGCUGGAUUGCAGUCUAAUAAAGUCUGGAAAGCAAAAGGCUGAUGGUCUCCUUUUUUUUGCGAGCAUGCCAUCCAAGGGGGUCCAUUGAUCAAAAUGAAAGUAUGUAUAAU